AUGUUGAACCUUACAAAACUUGAAUUUGCUGCCCUUGACAUCUCGAGCAAGAAUUACUUGUCAUGGACCCUUGAUGUUGAGAUUCACCUAGUGGCAAAGAACCUUGCAGAUACAAUUAAGGUUGGCAAUCAAGCAUCCCUGCAGGAUCGUGCAAAAUCAAUGAUUUUUAUUCGCCAUCAUCUCCAUGAAGAAUUAAAAUCUGAGUACCUUACAGUAAAAGACCCUCUUGUCUUAUGGAUUGAUUUAAAGGAAAGAUAUGAGAAUCCAAAAUCUGUAAUCCUCCCAAAAGCUUGUUAUAAUUGGUUGAACAUGAGGUUGCAAGAUUUUAAAAGUGUAAGUGAGUACAAUUCUGCACUUUUUAAAAUAAUCUCACUAUUAAAAUUAUGUGGGGAAAAAAUCACUAAUGAAGACAUGUUAGAGAAAACAUGUACUACAUUUCAUGCCUCAAAUAUGCUCCUGCAACAGCAAUAUCGAGAGUGUAAGUUCACAAAAUAUUAUGAACUGAUAUCAUGUCUUCUAGUGGCUAAACAAAAUAAUGAGCUUUUACUGAAAAACCACCAAUCUCGCCCAACCGGUUCUACUCCAUUCCCUGAAGCGAAUGGAACCUCAUUUGAUAAACAUAGAGGAAAUUAUGUUCAUGGUCGUGGGCGUGGAAGGGAUAAUCAAUAUAGAGAGGAUCAUAUUCAAAAUUCUUCAAAAAGGAAUAACACACCUUACCAUCAAAAGAAUCAAAAUGGAAAGGGUUUACAACAUAAACCAUUAAACGGUCAUGAAAAUAAGUGUUAUAGGUGUGGAAUGGAAGGUCAUUGGUCAUGUACCUGUUGUACUCCUAAACAUUUGAUAGAUCUAUACCAAGCCUCCAUAAAAGAAAAGGGAAAGGGAAUUGAAACAAACUUUGUUGAUGAUAAUGAUCUUGAAGAUCCCAUGAAUUAUCUUGACCUUCCAAAUGGAGUGGAUAUGACUCAUCUUGAUGUCUCUGAUUUCUUUGAGGAUGUUGAUGGAAAAUUUGAUAAUUUGAUUGGUGAUGAAAAUGUCCAUACCAAUUAA